AUGGGCGCCGACGAUGCUCUCAUGGGCGAGACGGAGGAUUAUGAGCUGCCUAAAAACGUUGGAGAGCCGCUUCGGAAGGAGCAAAAGAUCCCGGACCGACGUCUCGUCGCCACGAUCCCAAAGCAGCAAGCCAUGGAAUACUUGAGGGAUUUGCUGACUAAGCCACUGACAGGAGAUUUCGCUACGAAGAUGAGGCGUCUGGAGCUCCUGCACCAUCAGCUGAUCAUCAUCCAAGCUCAGAUAAAUCGCGAGUUGGCCAUCAUUCUCGACAAGGAUUUGGCCACGUUCGACGACGAAGAGGCCUUCGAUAAACUUACUGAGGACCACAAGAAGGUAAUCUUUGGCUUGCGUGAAGUGGCCCUGGUCACUCGCCGGACCGUUGAUGGCCAUGGAGUCGAGGAACUGCGCGCUAUUGGAGCUCGUCUGCCCAAGGAGAAGAUUGUUAAAGUUGUUGCCCGGCCCAAACGCCCUUACAAUCGGGCUUACAAAGAGCGAAAAGAAGAAAUCGCUGCUAAGGGCUCGGUGGCUCGCGAUGGUCGUGUUGGAUCGAGGGUAGGGACGCCUUCCCGUCUAUCAAAACCCACUACUCCUCUGCUUGAUGGUGCUGAUUCGCCGCCUCUCCCGGGCUCUUCUGGUGGGCAGAAUCGUGGAAAGGGACGUGGUCGUCAACCUGGAACGGCCAAGGAGGCCAAGGAAGAUGGAAAGAGCGGCAAGAAGGAGACGGCUUACCAGGGCAAAAAGCGUGGCCGCGCCUCUGGCUCAUCGACUAAGGGCAAACAAGGCCGUGCCAACCGUUUGGACGAUGACGACGAUGAGCUCGAUGAAGCCACUUAUUGCAUCUGCGAGCGCGUUUCCUUCGGCGAGAUGGUCUGCUGCGACAACCAGAAGUGCUCGAUUGAAUGGUUCCACUUUGUGUGCGUCGACCUGAAGAAGAAGCCCACCGGCAAAUGGUACUGCCCAGAGUGCCGCCAAAACGACAACGUCCGCCAGCCCCGCCAGAAA